CUUAAAUUGUUUGUUGCUAACUUAACAUUUCUCUUUACGUCUGAAACCGAGAGGUUGAAGAACAGCUGUCAGUAUGCCUUCACCAAAGGACGUUUACAUCGCGGUAAUUGGCGCUGGAGGGGUAGGCAAAUGCUUUCUUUCCCAGCUUGAAGGUCUCUCGAAACGGCUUUCUGCGAGCCCACGUUCCCCCAAAAUAUCCCUUAUCUUUGUUUCUCGAAGCAAGAAGGUUCAUUACAGCCAAAAUUACACCGCAUUGUCAUAUGGUGAUCUCGCAACCUCUCUCGACAAAUCCUCCCAAGAGCCUCUGGCUCUUCCGAAAAUCAUCGAAUUCCUCGCUGCAGCUCCGGCAAAGGUUGUUUUGGUGGAUAAUACAAGCUCGCAAGAUGUGGCAGAUUCAUAUCCUUCAUUCCUCUCGAAUGGCAUCUCCAUCGUUACACCCAACAAGAAGGCUUUUUCUGGUUCAUACAAGCUUUGGCAGGAUAUCUUCGCGUCUGCAGCUGAAUCCGGAGCGAAGGUCUACCAUGAAAGCUCUGUUGGUGCAGGCUUGCCUGUCAUUUCUACUUUGAAGGAUCUGGUCGAGACUGGGGACGAGGUCACCAAGAUUGAGGGUGUAUUUAGUGGCACAAUGUCGUUCCUGUUCAACUCAUUUGCUCCGACCGAAGGCUCAGGUGGAAAGUGGUCUGCUGAGGUGAAGAAGGCAAAGGAGCUUGGAUAUACAGAGCCAGAUCCAAGAGAUGAUCUGAACGGACUGGAUGUUGCCAGGAAGUUGACCAUCUUAGCUCGACUAGCCGGACUACAAGUCGAAUCUCCUACUUCAUUCCCUGUCCAAAGCCUGAUUCCCAAAGAACUCGAGAGUGUUGCUAGUGGAGACGAGUUCUUGCAAAAGCUGCCUGAAUUUGACUCUCAGAUGGAAGAGACCAAAGUGGCCGCAGAGAAAGAAGGAAAAGUUGUCAGAUUUGUUGGAAGCAUCGAUGUCGCAAAGAAGGAGGUGAAGGUUGGACUGGAAAAGUUCGACAGAUCCCACCCCAUUGCUGCACUGAAGGGCAGUGAUAAUAUCAUCAGCUUCUACACCAAACGGUACGGAGCCAAUCCCUUGAUCAUCCAAGGCGCUGGUGCAGGUGGCGAAGUCACCGCGAUGGGUGUAACAGGAGACUUGAUAAAAGUUUUGGAACGAUUGUCUUAGUGGUCGAUGAAAGCCACGAACCAAUAAAAGUUACGCUCUUCAGUCGUCUUCUGUUAUGACAUGAUCGCUGUGACUUGUACUCCCCAAGCGUUUCUUCAAGCCUUCCACUGUUUCCUCUGCUACUUCGACUGCUUCUUCGACGGCCGUAGGAACUCCUGGCACGGUCAGACUGAAGCUUCUAGGCUUGCCGCUAGGACGCUCACUUAAGCUUGGUGCUCGAGGUCUUGGUCUGUUCCUCGCGCGUCCUCCAAUGUAGGGUAUCUCGUA